UUUCUAAGGUUCAUUCCUCAGUUGACCGUUUGAUAACUAAAUUGUUCAAGUGGAAAGUGUUUGCAUAUUUUUUUCCGAAAAAAAUACCUAAAAUCUUCUAACACAAUGACGACAGCAUCCGGUUCCUGGUUUCAGUGGGCUUCAGAUCAAGGAUCCUUCUGGGAGGCUGCAUCUCGACAUGGGAAUAUAAGCCGCCCAAUCGGUCCCCUGAUAAUGAUGAAUGAAGACGGCAGCGAUUAUGGCAGUGAUUUUGUCUUUUUUCGAAGAGUUUUUUCGUCCGGCUUUCUCGCCAUGUUGACUGGAAGUUUGCUGAUACUGUUUCUUCGCCACAAAAUGUCGCGAUACAAGGAUGAGAUUUCGGAUUCAAAAGAUUACAAUUCACCUAAAAUUCCUAAUAUGAAAGAUACUCGACAGUCGCUUUUCGUGUUUUAUGCGUUUAUAAAAUUUACUAUACUGUUGCCAAUCUUUUUGGCAGGAUAUUUGUGUUUCAAGUUGUAUCGCUGCUUUGUCUCGAUUGAACUAAGACGGCGGCAUGGAUCGCAUUUCAAAGGACUGUUGGAUGGAGCUGACGUUGUGUGGGCCAUUGAGAGUGACAACUCACGUGGUAUGAUAAACAUAAUGGCUUACAUUGAGGAAUCGGCUGUUGGCCUUGAAACGAACAACGAAUUUUCUACUAGCGCUGAACUUCUAUUAGUUCUACGCAAACGAAUCUCAUCUCGAUUGAUGGGAAACAUUCAACCAUAUCAGAAAAUGUUUUGGAAGCGGAAUUUGGAUCAGUGUGAUCGUGACUCGGGUGCAGCAGAAGGUGCAUAUCUAGUCAGAUUUUCGAAUUAG